CUUUUGCACAUACCAGAUGAUAUACGAAACUGCGGGUCAUUGUGCAUCACCUGGUCGUUCUAUAUGGAGCAAUACUGCAGUUUUUUGAAGCAUGCGCUGCAGUCCCGAAGUCAGCCGUGGAGAAACUUGGACAAACGAGUUAAAGCACUUGCAUACCAAAGCCAGCUAAGGGUGAAAGGAAGUGGAAGCGGUAUUAUGGCUGCCAAUGCUGUACAAUAA